AUGCAGAUCUUUGUCAAGACCAUCACCGGGCGGACUCUCAUGUUGGAGGUGGAGAGCACCGACACCGUCGACAGCGUCAAAGCUCAGAUCCAGGACAAGCAAGGAGUCACCUCCGGAUCCCAAGACCCACAGCAGCUGCCGUCACUCCUCUUCGCCGGGAAGCAGCUAGAUGAUGAGGAGGACGGCCGGACGCUGGCCGACUACGGCGUCGGAAAGGAGUCGACGCUGACAAAGGUGCUCGGCCUCAGCGGCGGCGGCGUCCGGCAACGAAGCUGGUACCCCAACGUCGACCCCAACCUCCUAGCGCUUGCGCUCAGCUACAACGAGAACAAGAUGAUCUGCCGCAAGUGCUAUGGACGUCUUCCUCCGAGGUCUACCAACUGCCGCAAGAAGAAGUGCGGCCGCACCGAUGACGUAUGUAAUUAUUUUCCUCACUUCACAUUAAAUUAGUAUACAAGUUCUUGUUACCAGUGACCUCCUAAUACGUACGUCCUCAUAUUUUUGUUUAAUUCUUCAGCUA